UGGGUUGUUCCCUUCGAACGCAACCAAGACUUCGUUGGACGGGAAGUUAUUCUGGAGCAGCUUCUCAUGAUCGUACCUCCAGCUGCAGAUGAGGGUGUCUGCCAAAGAACCUCCAUACAAGGUUUGGGGGGUGUUGGGAAAACUCAGAUCGCCCUCGAAGCUGCCUUUCGAGUCCGCCAACAACACCAAGACUGCUCGGUCUUCUGGGUUCCCGCCAUGGAUAAGGCUAGCAUCGAGAAUGCCUACCUGGACAUCGGCAAAAGUCUCAAGGUUGAAGGGCUCGACAGAGACCAAGCCAACAUCAUGACACUCACCAAGGCUGCACUGGAUCGUGAAGAUGCUACCAGUUGGCUCUUAGUCAUUGAUAACAUCGAUGACUCGAGUCUCCUUUUUGGCCAGUCGCAUCUAGCUGGCUAUCUCCCCUCUAACCCUAAAGGCUCCAUUUUGAUUACGACACGCAGCCACAACGUUGUCCACAAGCUUGCUAUCCGAAAUGCGAAUCGUGUUCCCCUAGCCCAAAUGAGCAGAGUUGAAGCUGUCAAGCUCUUACACCAACAUUUGACAGUGGAGCAGACAAGGGAUACCAAAAGCACUGCGGAACUGCUCGAAGUGUUGACGGAUCUCCCGCUUGCCAUCAAACAGGCAUCUGCCUACAUGGAUCAGACUCAAACAACAACCACCCGCUAUCUUGAGCUUUGUCGGUCCAGUGAUGCGAAUCUGGUCGAGCUUCUGAGCAAGGAUUUCGACGAUCACGGCCGGUAUGGAAACAUCCAAAAUCCAGUUGCAACGACUUGGUUGGUAUCAUUCCACCUCAUCUCCCGGGACAACCCUCUAUCAAUCCAAUACCUCAAAUACUUAUCAUUUCUCGCUGAGAAAGAUAUCCCGCGGAAUCUCCUCCCUACGUGGGACAAUAUAUUGAAGAUGGAUGAGGCACUCGGUUUGUUGAAAACGUAUGCAUUCAUCAGCGAACGCGAAGGCCAAGAGUCUUACGACAUGCAUCGACUUGUCCGACUGGCGAUGCGAAACUGGUUGACUGAGAAACCGGAGCUACAGUGGUUUGCCACAGAGCUGAUUCGAAAACUCAACACAGAGUUUCCUUUCGCAGUAUACGAGAACCGAACCGUCUGGAUAAGGUAUAUGCCGCAUGCUCUGAUAGCCUUGGAGUCCAGACAAUAUGCAGCGGAUGACCAUGCAAAGGCAUGCCUCCUUCACAAUGUCGCGACUGCAUUUCUUGAGCAAGCAAGGUAUCGGGAGGCUGAAACGUUGUAUCGCGAGUCGUUGGUGCUAUAUGCCCAAACUCUCGGGGUUGAUCAUCCCAGCGCGAUCAGUUCAAAAGGUAAUCUUGCGAAUGCACUGUUUGGACAAGGGAGAUACCAGGAGGCGGAGGCACUAGACGGUGAGACGCUAGCGCUACGGACCCAAAUACUCGGUGCUCGCCACCCCGAUACAAUGACGUCGAACCAUAACCUUGCGAGUGUGCUACGCAGACAGCGAAAGCUUAAGGAGGCCGAAGCGUUGCACUUGCAGACGCUAACGCUUCGGACCGAAGUGCUCGGUGCCAACCACCAAGACACACUCAUGUCAGGUGCCCAUCUAGGCACUGUGUUGGCUGAACAAGGGAGGCAUGGGGAGGCUGAGUCAGUGCACCGUAAGGUGCUCGAACUACAGACCCAGAUAAUGGGCCCUGAUCAUCCCGAUACUCUCAGGUCUAAUUCUUUCAUUGGGCGACUGCUAUGCGAUCAGGGAAGAUACCAGGAGGCUGAAGCAAUAAUCCGCAAGACGCUAGAACUACAGACCCAAGCCCUCGGUGCCGACCAUCCCGACACACUCUGGUCCCAUGCUUCCCUAUUAGAGGUGCUAUAUCGGCAGGGAAGAUAUAAGGAGGCCGAAGCAAUACUCCACGAGACGCUGGAACUACAGACCCAAGCCCUCGGUGCUGCCCAUCCCGAUACAGUC